GGUAGGAAAGGCGGGGUUUAAAAAUGUGGAACGCGGGAGGGAGAGGGAAGCGAGGAGAGUAGCUCGUUGGGCGUGAGGCGGCGAGGAGGAGGAGGACUAUCACGGAGGAGCAAGAGAGACGGGACCUUGAAGAGCCGGCUCCAUGAGGCUCCGGAAGAAGAGCAAGAGCCCGCCGGCCCUGAGCCAUGAGUUCAUUAUCCAGAACCACGCGGACGCCGUGUCCUGCCUGGCGAUGGGCCUGCUCCUGGGGCUCAUGUUCGAGGCUACAGCCAAAACUGCCAUCAUCUUUAUUACUGUUCAGUAUAAUGUUACCUAUACAACAGAUGACAAGUCUGAGCCAGUUUAUUUCUAUGAGUAUGGUCCAAAAGACAUGGCGACCAUCUUUUUCUACAUGCUUAUAGCCAUUAUUCUCCAUGCAGUAAUUCAGGAAUACAUUCUAGAUAAAAUUAAUAGACGCCUCCACUUGUCAAAAACAAAGCAUAGCAAAUUCAAUGAAUCUGGGCAACUAGCAUUUUUCUACUUGUUUUCAUUUGUCUGGGGAGCUAGUAUUUUGUCUGCAGAAGAAUUCACAACAAACCCAACUUUGUUGUGGAAGGAUUACCCUCAUCCUCGCAUGUUUUUUCAGGUUAAAUUCUUCUACAUCUGUCAAAUUGCCUAUUGGCUUCAUGCUCUGCCAGAACUCUACUUCCAAAAGAUUAGAAAGGAAGAUAUCCCAAGACAGUUGCAAUAUAUCUGCCUUUAUAUUGCCCACUUAUCUGGUGCCUACAUUCUGAACCUUCAUCGUUUGGGUCUUAUUUUGUUGGUACCUCACUAUCUUGUGGAACUUAUCUUUCAUGCUUCACGUCUUUUCUACUUCAGUGAUGAGAAUAAACAGAAAGGGUUUACUCUUUGGGCUCUACAGUUUGUGAUGGCUCGUCUUCUGACCCUAACUUUAUCGGUCCUAACUUUUGGAUUUGGCCUGGCAAGAGCGGAGAAUCCUGGUUUUUCCAUAGCAGAUGGAAACUUCAAUACACUCCCUGUUAGAAUCAGCUGUCUGGCUGCCAUUUGUUUGACCCAAGCAUGGAUGAUGUGGAAAUUCAUCAAUUUUCAGUUAAAGAAAUGGAGAGAACAUACACAGAACCAAAUUCCCAAGAAAAAAACUAACACAAAGAUUAAAGCAACAAAAAAAGAAUCAUGCAAAACUAACUUUGUCAAUGGAGCAGUAAAAUUUGAAGAAGGCACAUCACCUAGAAAAAGAAAAUCAAAAAUUUCGUGAAAAGUAUCAGCCUGGAGGACAAUGGUUUAAAGGAGAACUUUGAUUAAAGGAAAUUAUUCUUUCAGCACUGAAACAAUAAGAGAGAUUAUUUCACUGUUCUGACUAAAAGACACUGGUUGAAAUAAUAUAUAUUUUAAUGUGUGUUCAUCAAACAAAAUUUACUUCAUCAUGAGUUUAUCUUAUUUAAUAUUAUGAUGUUCACUGUUUCAACUAUCUCAGUUUUUAUUUCCAUAUUUUGUUGUAUUCGCACUUGCAAGAACUAUGCUGCAAUGUUAGGAGGGGACACAGGCACAGGAAAAUGUACAAAUAACAUAUGUCUUAUUUGGAGUGUUAAAACAGCUAAUUUAAAUUUAUAAAAUAGUUUAGAAAUAAAUAUUGGGCUUAGAGUUAUUUUUUUGUAGAAUUUCAUAUUAUUACUUUCUUUGAAAAGCUAUUAAAAUUGUAUUUCUGUUGGAAAGGUUCAUUAGGUUCUGAUAACACUUUUGGGGUUUUUUUGUUUGUUUUAUUUUGUUUUUUGGGGGUGGGUGGGUUAAUGUUUAAGGAAUGAUCAUUUGGAAAGCAGCCAAUUCAAUAUAAGCCACUGUAUAUGUUUUCAAGGCGUGACUACCAUGUUCUUAUUUAAGGCCAAAUUUGGUCAUUGAUCUUAUCUUCUAAGAUGAGACUCCAAAUACUUUGUUUUAUAUAAAUUACUUCUGUAUGCUUGUAAGAGAACUUUGGAUAUUAGAUGCUUUUUUAGAUGGCGCUAGAACUCUGGUUUUCUUCUGGUUUAACACAUCCAUGAAACUUAAUACUAAAUCAUAUAUCUAAAUGGAUGUUUAAUGUUCAGAACUGUACAUAAAUUCAGAAUGUCUAUUCAGAUAUGUAAAUCAGUGUCUGGCAUUAUGUAAAGUAGCAAAAACUAGAUCAUAAUAUUAAGAGUGGGCUCCUGUAGUUCCAGCCCAUGUUUUUGGUUUCUUGGUUGUUCGAGAAGCAGUUGAUUCCAAAUCAGAACCUUUCAUUUUCACGUGUGCCUAUUGUAAUACAUCAUUGAGCUGCAUAACCUUAAAAACAACUGAACUCAAUUCUUGUUUGCUAAAAUAAUGAAUUUUAAGAUUGAGAAAUAUGAUUGACACUUCAAGGCAAACAAUCUUGAAGUGGGAUCCAAAGAAUUAGCUUUGCAAGUGGCUUGCAGUAGCAUUAUGAUUUUUUUUACCUUUAAAUAGCUGUUGAUUAGCAGCUUGCUAUAGCAUUGCAGUGUUCUUUUUAAAACUAGCAUAAAGAACCAUUAGAUUUCCAGAUCCAGUAAUAGCUUAUUAUUUGCAAGCUUCCCUUCCCUUUUGCUAUCCCAUAUUACUUCCUAGAAGUAGAUAUUUAGAACAAAGUGAAGUUGGGUACAAUUCUGAAAAUGCAUUCUAAGCCCAGUAGGUCUACUUUAGUGUUAGCAGUUUGACAAAAGACCUUUGUUGCAACUACUAUAAUUUCUUGCGCCACAUUAAUAGCUUAGCCAAAGUUGUAUAGGUUUUAUUUUAGCUUUUCCCUGCCCUUCAUUUUGGUUGUCUAAAAUGGAAAAGCAGUUGUAACUUUCCUGAAUGUUUCGAACUACAACUGCAGUAAUCUGUCACCAUUGGCUGCGUAUGAUGACAGGGCUGAUGACAGUGUUGAGAUAAAACAUGCUAGGAGAGAUGCACUUUGCCCAUUCCUAUCUAAAAGCUUUAACAUUUAUUAUCUCCUUUAAUGGGCCAUGAUUGUGGAAUGGUUCUUAAAAAGCUGGCCUGAGACAUGACAGAGCAUCAGACCAAUACUACUGAUGCAGUCAUUUAUUCUAAAUUUACUGGUUUAUAUCCUUAUAGCUUGAUGUGAACCCCUAAAACACAGGAACCAAUGAACUCUCCAGAUAUUGACCUCCAGUUCCCAUAAGCCUUAAAUAGUCAUGCUGAGGUAUGAUGGAAGUAGUAAUUUAUCAGCACCUGGAAAGCUGCAAGUUAACCAUUGUUACCUUCCUCUGCUAAUUGUGAAUAGGCCUCUCCUAGCAUUACAUUCAGCAUGAAAGCUUUUCUCUUUGAAGCAAUGGUUUAUACAAUGAACAUUAGGGAUAAAUGUAUUGUUUAUAUCCAUACAGAUCUUUCAUUAGGGAGGAGGUCAACAGUCAAGUUGCUAAAGAUGGGAAGCACGUCAUUGUUUUGCAUGCAACUAAUUACCUGUAUGUCAGCUCUUGAAGUGGAACAUGUCUCAUUAUAUGCAUUUUUAAAUUCCGUGCAGACUGGUUCAAAAUCAGCACUGUCUGCCACUUCAUAAUAUGCUUAACAUUAGGGUAGGUAUGUUGGCAAAUAACUGGAUUAUGGUUUCUUCAGAAAUCAAGAUUAUCUGCCUUUCAAUCCUGUGGUGAAAUGAUACCUAACUCGUGACCAUAUUCCUGUGAGAAACAAAUGUUUUGAAUCUUUAUUUCUUAUUGAUGUUCAAUAAAUGGCUCAAUCACAUAUAUUUCUAUAUCUCUACACAAAUGAAAUUAUUUUUGAUACAGUCAUGAGACCUUUUGUAUGAUGUUCCUUGACAUUGCCAUUAUUUAUUUGCAAAAUAUUCAGGAUUUGAGCCCAUUUUUCUCAUGUGCCUACCUGUUCUAUGUGCGAACUAUAGAAUUUUGUUUGUGAGUUAUCGUUAUCCUGUAUAUUUCUAUUCAGAAUGUUUUUCCAUUAAACUAGAAUAUAUUUUUUUAUGAUUUCAAUAAAAAUUAUUUGUGUAA